GGCCGCUCUCGACAUUCUUCCGCUUGAAUUAUGGAUUGGGGCGUGAAUGAUUCCAAUGCGGAUCUGUUUGUCUGGUGUCUGAUUGUGUGCGGAUUUUCGAGCGAGAGACCAAAUUCUGCGUCAUUGUGUGUUGGAAUGGAAGUUUUCCGGUGACUUGCAGUGAAGUACUUGUGGUUUUCAGUAUGUGGAUGGUAUUUGGUGUAAUAAUUGGCCGUGGGGCGACUUUUUGAACUUUCUCUCGCAGUUGAGAGAGGGACUCAUUUCGAAGACGAUACGUGCUUGCCGUGGCUUGCGAUGUGUGAGUUGUGAAGGUGCGGGGUGUAAAGGUGGCAGUCGCGGCAGAGGCUUGGAGCUCAGGAAAGAUUAAUGCGUAGAUUCGCCUAGUUAUAUUACGAUGCCGAGCUCCCGAUAUCCGUCGCGUGUGCGGAAUGAAGGUGGUGCAGUGCAGCCUGUGGAGAAGCGGGGGCGAAAACAGGUUGUGAAGUUAGAGGAGAGCGGGAGUGACGUGGAAGAGGAUAUGAAACCUGAUGUUGCUCUGGAUGAUGUAGAGGUCAUCAAACAUUCGGGGACGGUGCGACGCCCUUCUCUGCGGAGCUCCACGCGCAUUGCCACUCUUGCUUCUCGUCAGUCUUUGAAGCAAGAAGUUUCAGAGUCGCCCAGUCCGCAGCGUGUUCGGAAGCGAGUGAAAAUUGCUGCAAAGGUGAGCGUGAAAGAAAAAAAGGUGAAAGUUAACGAAAAAUCGUCGAAGCAGGCGAAGGGGGAUGUCGUAGCUGAUAAAUUGAAAGUUGUAACUACAAUCGUGAAGGUUGAUAGUGAGGGGGAAGAUAAGAAUGGGCGUACCGAUGAUCCUGUCGAGGUCGUGGAGAAGGUCAACAUACCAGGAACGGAUAAAUUAGCACAACUACUCGCGGAAAGAACUAGUUUAAGCGAUGCUUUGCAAGUCAAAGCAACGAUUCGAAUUUUCAAUUUCAUGUAUCUGGAAGCCAUUCAGGAGGAAGACAAGCGCGCUUCAGAGCUGCUAAUGAAGAUAGGAGAGUCUGGCACAGGCAAAAGACCCUCCAAACGUCCUGACCUGAAAGCUGUUUCCAAGAUGAUCGAACUUAAGGCAACUCUUAAUUCCGAGAAACAAGUUGGUGCUAUUCCAGGUGUUAGUGUGGGUCAGCAGUUCCUUUCAAGAGCAGAGAUGGUUAUAAUAGGUCUGCAUUCUCAUUGGCUCAAUGGAAUCGACUACAUUGGAGUUGCCAAAGGCAGAAUGCCCGAUGUAGAGCUUCCAAUUGCUGUUUCAAUUGUUAUGUCGGGAGGCUAUGAAGAUGAUGUUGACAAUUCAGAGGACAUGGUUUACACUGGGCAAGGAGGAAACGAUCUUUUAAGCACUCGUCGCCAAAUCAAAGACCAAAAGAUGGAGAAAGGCAAUUUAGCUUUGAAGAAUAGCAUGAAGUGCCGACUACCUGUCCGUGUCAUUCGUGGUCAUGCCGACAAAAUGAGUUACACUGGCAAGGUUUACACCUAUGAUGGACUGUACGAGGUUUACGGUCACUGGGCUGAAAAGGGGAUUUCUGGGUUUACAGUGUUUAAGUACAAGCUUCGGCGUUUGCCUGGGCAGCCAGUGCUCACUAGCAAACAGGUUCAUUUUGCUAGAGGGAAAGCACCAGACAACGUUUCAGAACUGCGAGGAUUGGUGUGUAAAGACAUCUCGAAUGGGCAGGAGCGCAUACCAGUGCCCGCUUCUAACACAGUCGAUGAUCCUCCAGUUCCUCCUACAGAUUACACGUACAUCACGAAGACCGUAGUACCAGACGACAUUGCAAGACCUCCCCCUUCUAAAGGCUGCAGUUGCAGGGGCGCCUGUACAGAAGAGAAGGACUGUGCUUGUGCUCGCAAGAAUGGAAUGUCCUUCCCUUAUGUUUUCAAUCAUGGCGGAAGGCUGGUGAAACCCAUGGAUGUUGUUUUUGAGUGUGGCCCUGGGUGUGGUUGUGGCCCUGAAUGCUUGAAUCGAACAUCUCAAGUGGGGCUUCAAUAUAGGCUUGAGGUGUACAAAACUGUUUCAAAGGGGUGGGCUUGCCGAUCAUGGGAUUUUAUUCCAGCGGGAGCACCAAUCUGCGAGUACUUCGGUACUUUGAGACGGAAUGAUGAGAACUUGGAAAGUAUGCUGGAUAACAGUUAUAUUUUUGAGCUCGAUCUACUUCAAACUAUGCAAGGCAUGGAAGGGCGCCAGAAAAGGUUUGGCGAUGUAAUGCCGGAGCUUAGUGAUGAAGACGACUUGAUGAUGCAAGAUGCUCCCGCUUAUGUUCUUGAUGCUGGAAAGAAUGGAAGUGUUUCAAGAUUUCUUAAUCACAGCUGUGAACCUAAUGUGUUCAUCCAAUGUGUGUUGAGCCAUCACAACGAUGUCACGAUGCCCCGAAUUGUAAUGUUUGCGGCAGAUAACAUUCAUCCAUUAGAGGAGUUGUGCUAUGACUAUGGUUACGCGAUGGACAGCGUGGUGCGGGACGGGACAGUAGUGGAGAUGGCUUGUCACUGCGGAGCCGCAUCAUGUCGUAAGCGCAUGUAUUAGAUAUAAUCCACAGAUCGCAGUUGAUUCUUUAAGGUUGAUCUUUCUUUCGACCUCUGUACAUUAGGCCCAACUGUUUAUUUCCGUGCACUGCUUGAUAUUGAUGUGACUUACAUUUCUGAGCAUCUUUCUGAGUGAAUUACUCAUUGGCGCAAGCAGUGUGCAACAUUUAGGCAGGCUUCUACCACUUCUUGUGGCGAGUGUUCUAUAGGACAUCAAUUCAAUUGAAGAAUUGUCUUGGCGAGGCCUAUGAGUUGAAGUUCUUCCCGUAAAUGUCGGCGGUCUUUUCUGAAGACUUCGAACUUUGCCUUUCAGUUUGUUUUAUUUUUUUUCUUGCGAUGUCCAAAUGUAAAAUUUGAGGUCAAUUAUUCAUCCCUUACUUAUUUUGGUA